AGCAGCCAUCUCUCUUCGGCUAAUAACAAGAGAUGGAUUUUUUGGGAUUCUAGCAUGCUUCAUUUGGUUAGCUCUAAUGAUGAAGAACAAGUAACUCACUGCAACUUUUCCAUGGUAAACUACUCCAACACCAACCUUACCAUCUCUUGUGUUUAUGGGGCUCACACGGUGGUUGAACGAAGGCAUCUCUGGGAGAGCUUGCAGGGGAGGAGUAACACUAAUCAAAACUGGGUGGUGGGAGGUGACUUUAAUGCUAUUUCUUUCCCUACCGAAUACAAAGGUACGUUUGAACCAAGUGCACAAGGAAUGGAAGAGUUCAACUCGUGCAUUGAAGCAUGCAACCUGUUCUGUCCAGACCAUACUUGUGGUCUCUUUACAUGGUCUGGCACAAGGAGUCAUGGGAAAACUUGGCGUAGGUUGGACAGAGUCCUGGUUAACCUAGCAUUCCAAUCAGCAUUUCCUAACUUUUUCACUCACCACUUACCCAAAGCUUGUAGUGAUCACAAAGUUGUCCUCUUCUCUUGUCACUCUAGCCAAGACCGCGGGCCAUCUUCCUUCAGAUUCUUGAAUGCCUGGAUACACCACAACCAGUUCCUCCAAGUGGUUAAGGACAGUUGGAAUAAUAGUCUCACCUGUGGUGGCAUGCCUGGACUAGUGGCCAAACUAAAAGAUUUAAAGGGUUGUCUCAGGGAGUGGAACAAGAAGGAGUUUGGAAAUAUCUUUGAUAAUCUAACUUUGGCAGAGGAUCAAGCAACCCAAACCCAACUGCGUUAUGAGGAAGACCCAACCGAAUCAAAUCGUGAGAACGCCCAGGAGGCCAACACCAUGCUGUUACUGGCUACUCACAAAGAAGUGGCCUUUUGGAAGAAAAAAGCUAAUGCAAGAUGGCUUGAAAAUGGGGACUCCAACUCCAAGGUUUUUCAUGCAUUUGCUAAUGGGAAAAGAAGGAAGCUGGCAAUUAACCAUAUUAUCUCGGAUGAUGAAAUAGGGCUAUCCAAUCAAAAAGAUAUAUGCUGGGAAGCCACCUCACACUUCACAAAGCAGUUUAAGGCCAUCUCCAACCCCAACCCUCUUCAGCCCCUCUCACAUAUCCCUUUGGGUUAUAACAGACACUGACAAUAACAUGCUCAGUAGCCU